GAAAAUUUAUAAUUGAAAGCAAUAGAGAUUAUCUAAUGCCACGCAAAAAGCGCGCCUCCAGCCCACUGGAAUUGUACGACGAUGAUUUCGAUGAGGAUGCCAGCUCGCAUAGUUCCCAGCCGCCGGUGCAACGGAAUGCAGCCAAUGCCAGGGAGCGUAUGCGCAUGCGAGUGCUGUCAAGUGCGUAUGGACGUUUGAAGACCAAAUUGCCCAACAUUCCGCCGGACACGAAGCUCUCAAAAUUGGACACAUUACGUUUGGCCACGCUCUACAUUAAGCAGCUAAUUAACGCCGUCGAGACAGGCAGCGGUAGUCCGAAUGCCAAUCCAAGUGCUGCCGCUGCUUCCAUAGCCGAUGCGCUGGAUACGCGAAAUCUGGCAGCAGAUUGUGCCAGUUCAGCCGGCGGCACAGCGACAAAUUUCAAUUUCCAUAAUGCUGGACAACUCGGCAUGAGCUGGCCAUUUGAGUUCCAUCAGCACUUACAACAAGGUCACAAUCGGCACAGCAAUUCCAACCUGACAUUCAGCUCUACGCGCAUAGAUUGGCAGAAUUCACAGAUUCAAGCGUAUCCCAAGACUGCACGCAAUGAGCCGCAGAUGGCAGUCGAAUCUAACUAUGGCCAGCUACACGAAGCGCAUUGGUAUCCCACUGAAAUGGGGGGUUUGCAAUUGGACCAGUCACGCUCCAUUAAUGGCUGCUGUGCUUAUGAAUCUUCUGGUUUGGCACAACAUCAGCGGGGCAUUACAAUAUCCAGCAGUCAGGCGAAUAGCCUUUAGACAUUUAUAUUGCUAUGUUCUCUAGCCGAAAAUCGUAUUAAAAUCGUGAUUUUAUUCUAUUUKCUGUAUGUAUGUAUGUUAUGUAAUUUACUAAGCCAAAGAUUAGAAUAGUGUUUUAAGCUGUAAAAAAUUAGUCAAUAAACUCAAGUAAAUAA